GCGACGGCCAAACGUUAGACACCGCCCUCCCCGGAUACUCCGUGCUACAAAACGCGCGGAGCUAAUAAGCCGGGGGGCGAGGUGACGUCAUCGGGGAAGCAGUUGGUUUCCAGCAAGGAUCAGCCUGCUGCUACUCAUGUAGGGAAGUGUCCCACUGUCCAGACUCUUUUACUUGACUUCAACAACAAUAGUUGUUGCACGUUUCUACACUUGUUUUUUUCCUCGAAACUUCGUAGCGACACAAUGUCUUUCGUCCCGGGACAGCCGGUGACCGCUGUUGUGCAACGCAUUGAGAUCCAGAAGUUGCGGCAGGGGGAUUGUCUGAUCCUGGGCUUCAGCAUUGGAGGAGGGAUCGACCAGGACCCUGGACAGAACCCCUUCUCUGAUGACAAGACUGACAAAGGCAUCUAUGUGACCAGGAUAACGCCUGGAGGACCAGCAGACGCGGCAGGCUUGAGGAUGGGAGACAAAUUAAUGCAGGUCAAUGGCUGGGAUAUGACCAUGGUGACCCACGACCAGGCUCGUAAAAGACUAACAAAGAAGAAUGAGGACGUGGUGCGGCUACUGGUAACCAGGAAAUCAUUGGAAGACGCUGUCAAACACUCAAUGGGCGGUUACCCCAGACAGUAAUGUACUGACACUAAUUACAACCACAGACUAAUGCAAUAGUCAAGGACCCGAACACUCUCAUAUACUGAGACCCCCACAAGCUUAGAUGAUGGUGUCACUGUGGCCUUUAUAACAACGUCAAUGCAAAAAUAUUACGCAGCAAAGUGUUUAAUACCCAGAUGCUUUAGUCUGCACGGGACAGUCAUUGGACAAUGAGAGCGUGCUCUUUCUUUCCAUACACACUCCUACUCAUCUCUCAGUUAUCUGCUUUACUUUUUAUUUUUGUAGCUUAUCCUUCGAAAAUAUGUAGCAAUCCAAAAAUUCUCUGAUCCACAGGACUCUGAUGCAAUUAAUCAAAAUCAUGUUGCUGUAUAAAUAGUUUGGUUAAGAAUAAAUAGUUUACGCAGAUAUUCACAUCAAUUUCUAUUAGAGCCUGACCGGUACUGGAUUUUAGGGAGUAAAAGAAUUCUGUUAUCGAUUUAGCGCUGAUGUAGUAUAUACAUGUAACACAGGCAAUAUGGGCUUCCUAAAUGCAAAUGUUACAUUUGUUGCCCUUCGCGUAUUUUGCUACAGUGAUGUUAAGCUCUCGUCCCUUGUGUUGAAUGACAUUCAAAAAAUUCACAUCACUGAGAGCAGCUUUCUGUCUCUCAAUCUGUGCUGCUUGACACCAGAUUGUGAGCCGCAGAGCACUCUGCUGGACAAACUACAUGAUAACAUAAUUUCUAAAUUACCCAACCAUCUUUUUCUGCAUUAUAUUCUGUUAAAAAAGUUUUCAUAUUGGCCCUCUUGACACUAAUAUAUCUGACAGGCCAAUAGAAUCUACUUACUGAUGUAUCGGUUUGGCUCUAAUUACUAUAUCUACUGUUUGACUGGUUUAACUGAAAUGACUGAAAAAUUUUUUUUCAAGUAAACACUUUUCAUAAAAUAUACUUCCAUAUCUUCCUUCUACACAUCAGUGUUGAUUAUAGUGCAAAAUUCUUGAUUCAUUCCAACUUUGGAGAUCUCUGCCAAAUGUUUCCAGUCCACGCUUCAUACGAGUCCUUUGCUAGCAAUCUUUUUUUAAUCCUUUUUGCCUACAGCUGACCAAAGUUGGUCUUGAUGGUUUGGAACCAUCAAGAAUUUUCAUUGGUGUUUAUUGUAUGAUUUAAUGAUCAGCGUUUCAUCUCAUUUAAAUAAAAUAAAAAAGUGAUUUGCUGUCAUUCCUGUCAAGAUUUACAGCAUCAAAUGCCAAAGUAAAAGCCAAGGAGCUGUAAAGUGAUAAAAAAAACUGUAUGUAAAGCAAACAAGUAAAGUAUGUUUGUAAUCGUUUUCUUCUUUUAAUAAUGGUACAGCGUUCUGUACACCAAACCUUCAUGCUCAGUGUUUUAAUGCAUACUAAUCUUUUCACAAAUGAUUCUUUAUUUUCUGUCAAUCCUUCUGUGUCUGCGUCUGCUAAAGUAACACAUUUAAAACGUACAUAUAUCUCAAAUAAACAACAUUCCAGAAGCUA